AUGUCCGAGGAGUACAACCCGCGGAAGGAUGUCAGCCGGGCUGACCGGGAAUUGCAGAUGUACUCUACCUUCCAAAAGAAGGUGGCGCGCACGUGUGGCACGGUUGCAAGACAAACAGCAUCGGCCAUGCUUUGUAAGCGAUUUUGUUUUGCCUUUGCGAGGCUGUGCGAAGCCUUCACAACCUCCACCGUGUUCAAGCACUUCCAAGGCUUUGCCGAGGUUGUGCGCAAGACGGCGUUGGCGACCGAAGCCGUUGACACAGAACAGGUGAAGGAGGCCGAGAAGGCCCUCACGGCUGCUGAGGAGAAGUACGAUAACGCCGACACCUUUGUUGCCUUGGCCGAUUAUCAAGAAGAAAAGCGGCGCCAACUCCUCGGUCCGACAGGUCACCUUGCCUACGACGGCAGGGCAUUUUGGGAUGCCGACGGCAAGGUUCUGCCGAACUCCUGCCGGGCGCGGGUGUCCAUCGAAGCGUACUCGCGAUUUCAGGCCUGGCAGCGUCAGCGACGCCAGGUGCGGGUCGCCUCACUGCAGCGCCUUGCGCGCAAAUGGCUCGGCGAAGAGCUGGUCGCCUCUGGCCGGGAAGGAGACACGCUGGACGCCGGUAGCGAUGGGAGCGUGGCCAGCGCGCUGAGUGCUGUUUGCCACUACGAGGCCGCGCGAAAAAGCGCUGCAAGCGCGGACCUCUGCACACCGCCGUCGGCGGCAGACUUUUGCCCAGCCGCUGUGACGGUGGUUCCCGGCCCCUCUGCCUUGCUUCGACGUGUAGGCCUGCAAGAGGAGGAGGCUCCGGACAGCCACGCCGAGGAUCUCCUCUGCGCGGAUGCGAGGCGCUGGCUCCGGUCGGCAGCAGCUGGAGUCGCUUCCACAGAGGAGCUGGCAGGCAGACAGAACUUCUAUCGACAGCUCCUCAUGCGCCCAGAGGAGUUUGGUGAAGAUCCAGAUUUCUUCGCCCUCCUGGCCGUCCUUUGUGAUCGGCUGGAAGAACUUUCAGGGCGGCUCUCUGCAAAGUCGCGAGACUGCGCCUCCCAGUUGGGCCGUGUUCUGCAGAUCGGCAGAGAGCUCUUAGAGACCCUGUUGCCGAUCCUGGUGGUGUCCAUCUGCAAUGCGGUGUCCUCCAACUCGUUGCCUUUGUUGAGCAUCGAAGCACUGCUGAACUCCCUGCAAGCUUUUAAGGAAACGCCAGCAACGGCAGAGUCCGCACUCGGAUCGCUGUGGCGGAAGGACUGCGGCCGCAUGCUUGAAGCGCUGCUACAGUCCCCCCAUUUCCGGGACUUCUGGCACCUGCGGGGUGGCCCCAAAGAGAGCCCAGGUCGGCCGGCGUUCCAGCUCACCGACAUGUGGCUACAGUUUCGGCACGCUUGGGAUGAGGCUUUGGUGGACCAGUCUUCUGCGCUGCCCGAGGCCAGUGGCAUCCACGAUCUCUUCCGACCCUCCUGCUUUCGCGAGGUGCAGCAGUGCUACCUGGACCUCUACAAGCACCUCGACAAUUUCAUCACCUUCUUGUCCAUGGUGACGCACUACCGGCGGCUGGCAAACAUUGCUGGCGAUGCCGGCAUGUACCAUCUCAGGACAAGUCUUCACCACCUGCUGCAGGAGAUUGAGAUGUCCAUGGCGCAGAUUACGGCUCUCUCGUCGCGGGUGAUGCAAGAUGUUCGCAAGAUGGUUCUGAACCUCAUGUCCGACAAUGCCAAAGGAGCUACUGGCCGAAACUUGGUUUGGCUGGAAAGGUUGCAGCUCGUCGACGAAGCUUCGAUUGGAAAGUCCUGCAAAGCCUUGCUUGAAGCUCUACAAGAUGUGCGCUACAUGAGCUCGGAGGCGUACUUGCCGCAGCUGAAACAAUCAGCGCUUCAAAGUCUUCAGGUGAUCGGCGAGAUCACGGCUUCUGCUGAGUUUCGGUCUCGCUGUGCAGAGGCUCCCCCCGCGGCCUUUGCGCCAGAGAUGCUCGCAGGUUUGGCCGACGCCUCGCCAGAUGCAUCGCCUGCCUCCGACGCGGCGCCAAGUCCUUCAUCGCCGGAGCCUGCAGAGGACCUCCCACCGCCGGCGCCGGCUACAGGUGCCACUCCGGCGGUUGAGGCGCAGGUGGCGGAUCUGCCACAGGCUAGCCCGGAAACCGGAAGCCACGAAGGGAUCACUUAUCCUCAGGCAGGGCGUGAAUGCUCGCAGGAGGAAGAAGAUCGAUUCUACGAGCUCCUUUUCGCCGCAGUCUUGCCCCUUCUAGGCGACGGUGUGGCGAUGCCCAGCUCACAGGUCAGAUACUUGCUGGAAAAAACAGGACUCUCCUCGACAGACUUCGAGGACGACAUCCUUGGUCCAGCAGAUUCCGAGGCGAUGGUGGACGCCGAGGCCAUCCGCCAUUUGCUGCAAAAGGCAGCAAAACUUCAAGCAAAGCAGCCCCCGGAUUUGCCGGCGACCCGCUUGCCGUGGAUCGAUGGCCUGCGCUGGGACGGUAAGCGAGUGCGUAUCGACGGGUCGAAGUUUCACCCGAUUUAG